GUCAAUCGAAUGAUAUUAUUUAAAAACGUAACAUUUAAUACUCGCCUUAUUAGACUAAAAUGUGUGAUGAAGAACAGCAUUUCACUCAAAUUGAAUCUAAUCAAACAGAAUUCCAGUUAUCUUUAUCGGAUCUUCCAAUCGAGAUAUUUCUUCACAUUUGUUCCUUCCUAGAUGCAUCUACAUUAGUACAUGGUUUGAGUUUAGUGUGUAAACAAUUUUAUCAAAUUUUAAAUGACAAUUCAUUAUGGAAAGCGAGGAUUAGUCAAAUUUGGCCAGAUACUGGUUAUCCAGUCUUGCCUCCUGCUGAAGAUGAUGAAUUAUUUUGGAAAUUAUCAUGUGUUGCAUUGGAAAAGCAAACAUCAUUAUGGAGAAAAAAAGAUUGCAUGGAGAAGUUAUCACUUAGUAAUGUGCAAUAUAGUACUAUUGAUGGCUUAUUAUUAAUGCAGGAAGGAAAUAUUUGCAUAUCAGGAGCUAGAGAUCGAUCUUUGGUAUGUUGGAAACUUUCUACAAAAGAAAAUGAAAGAGAGAGUCACACAUGCAUAGAUUUUGCUCAUGAUGGAUGGAUUUGGGAUUUAGCAGCAAUAGAUAAUACAGUCUAUAGUUGUAGUUGGGAUCAAAGUGUUAAAGCAUGGACACUUACUAACACUGGUCUCAUUCACUUCAAAACUUACGAGAUGUAUAUGAGCUGGCUCGUAUCAGGUGCUUUAUUGUGUGUUGCAUCUUGCCAAGACUUAGCACUUUUCGCGACAGGAUCAUUUUGUAAAACUAUUUUAGUAUUUGAUCCGAGAUUAAAUUAUAAACCCAUUAUAAAAUAUCGACCACAUAAAAGAGCAGUCAUUAGACUGGCUAUGAGUUCUCACUUUAUUUUAUCUGCAAGUGAAGAUAGAACAGUAUCUAUAUGGGAUCAAAGAGCAGGAAGAACUAUGAAAAAUGUUACAAUUUCUCAAGAAUCAUUUCCUAUGAGUAUGAGUAUGGAACAGGACAUAGUUUAUGUGGGAGAUGGUAGUGCAAAAUUACAUGUACUUGAUCCAAAAAAAGAUUUUGAACCAGUUAAAUGUUAUGCUACUGAACAUAAAAAAGGUAUUAAUGGUGUCCAUAUUGCACCAGGAUGUUUGCUUACAAGUUCUAUGGAUAAAACAGUUAGAAUUUCUAGUCCUACUGAUCCUCCGCAACAUCUUACUACUUUAAAAUCUAAUUAUGGUGAAAUUGCUAGUACAGAUUAUUUAAAUGAUGUUCUUGCUGUUUCUGGUACAGAGGGAAUCGAAAUUUGGAGACCAAAAUCACGAAUACAAUGUGCAUAAAAAUAUCAAUAACUAAUAAGUUCUAUAAGCAUUUCGCUUUUAUAUACUGUAUACAUUUUAAAUUUUAAUAAAUGAAUAAAUAAUAAAUAAUAAAUAAUAAAAUGUAAUUUAAUAAAUGUUUUGCUAUAAUUUUCUAUGAA